GAAAGGAUAGUGCUCUUGCUGCAUGAUCACCAAACGAAGAUUCAAACCUUGAAGCAGAAAGGAUUUACUGUAAUAGGAUGUACUAGAAAGCAGAAGAGUAGUAAAAAUAUUGAAACCUGAAAUGGAUUACUGAACCUCAUGUGUAAGCGUCUAAAGGAGAGAUCACUAAUUGAUCAUGUUCUUGCAUCAUAUAUCUCUCAAGCUAACGUCCGGUUGGCAAAAAUGGAUUUAAAACAAAUGAGUGAAAUACAUAAAGAUUUACAUGCAGAAGGAAACACUCAGGCGAAAUGAACAUUGGCUCGUUUGGAGACGUUUAGCUCAUUUUAGGGCUGACAGUAAAAC